GAAGCUCGGGGAAGGAGUGGGGAGUGUUUGGGGUGGGGGGUCCACGCAAAGGGGCAGAAGCAAGAGAAACAGGACUUGAUGGCUGGAGAAGGAAGGAGCAGCCGGGGCCAGGUAAGCGAUGUUAGGGUCCGUAGGGGUCUGGAUUUGAAAGCAGUGGGGAGCUAUUGAAGGGUUUGGCCUUUUAGAAAGAAGCCUGCAGUCGGGAGGAUCUGCUGCAGGGAAGUCAGUUGGGAUGAGGAGAGAUUCUGGAAAGAUUCCCAUUACGAUCGCAAGACGAAUGGGUAGCUUCUUCCUCAGUCUCGUUUGGUGAUUGUGGUUUCAACAUCAUUACCUUAGUUAGUCCUAGACCAGUCCUGUGUCCCUCUCUCCUUUCCUCACCGUGUGUGCCUGCUCUGUUGUCCGUAGGUGUCGGAACGUGGUUCUGGCCAGCUUAAGUAAGCCAGUGGAAACGAGGGGCACGGGAGGGAGAUCCAGGCCGAGGAGCUGAGGAAGUUCUGCUCCCGGGUCAGCAAGCUGCUGCGGGAGGAAGACUUGGGGCCCGACGCUGUCGACUGUCUGCGGAGGCUUUUCCUCAUUGUCUCGGCCACCAAGUAUAACCGGAGGCUGGACAAGACAUGCGUGGACCUGCUACAGGCCACCCUCUGCCUGCCCGUGUGCCCCGAGCCACUCCAGGUUCUCUGUGCCGCCAUCCUGAGAGAGAUGUCACCCUCCGACAGCUUGACCCUGUCCUGCGACCACACCCAGAGCACCCGACAGCUGAGCCUGGUGGCCUCUGUGCUCUUGGCCCAGGACGACAGAACAGAGGAGGUCAGAACCGUGGCCCAGCACAUCCUGAGAGCCCUGGAGAGCCGGCAGCCCGAGGGGCCCAGUCUCAGGCACCUCCUCCCCGUCAUAUCAAAGGUCGUGGGCCUCAGCCCAGGUGUCCUCCAGGAGGACCAGACCACCCUGCUCAGCAAGAGGCUCACUGACUGGCUCCGCUACGCCAGCGUCCAGCAAGGGCUCCCGCACUCCAGCGGCUUCUUCUCCACGGCCAGAGCCCGGCAGCCGGGCCCCAUCACCGAGGUGGACGGGGCGGUGGCCACAGACUUCUUCACGGUGCUGUCCACGGGCCACCACUUCACAGAGGACCAGUGGCUGAACGUGCAGGCCUUCUCCAUGCUGCGGGCCUGGCUGCAGCACAGCGGCCCCGAGGGCCCGGGUGCCCCAGACACAGACGACAAGUCGGAGCUGGAGGGCUCCACCCUGUCGGUGAUCUCUGCCACCUCUGCUGCCGGCCGCCUGCUGCCCCCCCGCGAGCGGCUGAGGGAGGUGGCCUUCGAGUACUGCCAGCGCCUCAUUGAGCAGAGCACCCGGCGAGCCCUGAGGAAGGGGGACUCCGACCUGCAGAAAGCCUGCUUGGUGGAGGCCGUGCUGGUCCUGGACGUGCUGUGCCGGCAGGACCCGUCCUUCCUCUACCGCACCCUGUCCUGCCUGAAGGCCCUGCACGGGCGGCUGAGUGGGGACCCGGCCUGCGUGCGGGUGCUGCUGCCUCUGGCCCGGUUCUUCCUGACGCACGGGGAGGCGGCCGCGGUGGACUCGGAAGCCGUGUACCAGCACCUGUUCACCAGGGUCCCAGCCGAGCUCUUUCACAGCCCCAUGCUGGCCUUCGAGUUCGUCCAAUUCUGCAGGGACAACCUCCACCUGUUCGGCGGGAACCUCAGCAUCCUCACGCUGAGCUUCCCCAACCUCUUUAAGUUCCUGGCCUGGAACAGCCCAGCACUCACCGCCGAGUUCGUGGCGCUUCUCCCAGCUCUGGUGGACGCCAGCACAGCCGUGGAGAUGCUGCACGCGCUGCUCGACCUGCCCUGCCUGACCGCGGCCCUGGACCUGCAGCUCAGGUCGUGGCCAGCUCCAUCCGAGAGGCCGCUUUGGGACACCUCCCUCAGGAGCCCCAGCUGCCUGGAGGCCUUCCGGGACCCACAGUUCCAGGGUCUCUUCCGGCACCUGCUGCGCCCCAAGGCCAGCGGCACCACAGAGAGGUUGGCACCACUCCACCAGCUGCUGCAGCCCAUGGCCAGCUGUGCCCGGGUGGCCCAGUGCGCUGAGGCUGUGCCCACCCUGCUCCACGCAUUCUUCUCAGCAGUUACCCAGAUCGCCAGUGGGGCCCUGACCAACCAGCUGGUGCUGCUGCUCCUGGAGAGGAGUGACUCACUUUACCGAGUCCCACAGUUCGAGGCCCGUGUGCACAGGGUGCUGAGCUCCCAGUUCCUGGCCCUGUGCAAGCUGAAGCCCUCGCUGGUGGUGGAGCUGGCGAGACACCUCCUGGAGUUCCUGGGCAGUGUGAGCGGUGUCCACAGCCGAGCGAGCAUGGUCACCGGCGUGGUGUGGGCUGUUGGCGAAUACCUGUCGGUGACCUAUGACCGGAGGUGCACCGUGGAGCAGAUCAACAAGUUCUUCGAAGCCUUGGAGGCCCUGCUGUUCGAGGUCACCCAGUCCCGCCCCUCUGCUGCCCUGCCCAAGUGUCCACCGCAGGUUGUCACCGUGCUUAUGACCACACUGACCAAGCUGGCCUCCCGGAGCCAAGACCUGAUCCCCAGGGUGUCUCUGUUGCUGUCAAAGAUGAGGACACUGGCCCAGAGCCCUGCUGCCAGCUCCCCGCACGGUGAUGAGGGGGCAGAGGCCAUCCACACCCGGGCCACAGAGCUGCUGAACCUCCUGAAGAUGCCUAGCGUGGCCCAGUUCGUGCUCACACCGAGCACGGAGGUGUGCAGCCCCCGCUAUCACCGCGACGUCAACACAGCCCUGCCCCUCGCCCUGCGCACGGUCAGCCGGCUGGUGGAGAAGGAGGCCGGCCUCCUGCCAGGGUGAAGGGACAGUGACCAGGUGGAUGCCGGCCGCAGACUAAGCGCCUGGGGCACCAGCCUGGUAUUGGGGCCAUACCGCCUGCU